AUGGAUGUUGCACUCCAAGAACAGCUAAAAGCCGCGCUCUGGUUCUCAAUCGGCAAAAUCGUAGAUGAAGAAACUCUACGUUUGAAUACGAGCGCGACACCACAGUUUAUCGGUGCGUUGACUGAGAUGGUUUGGACGCAGAUUGAAAACGUAGCAAUCGACCUCGAAUCCUUCGCCUACCACGCGGGUCGCACGGCAGUGACAACAGAUGAUGUACUGCUUCUUACGAGACGGAAUGACGCGUUACAGGGCAUUAUACGAGAUUUUAUUGAGAAGGGACGGGAUAAGGGGGGGAGAGGUGGGAAGGGGAAGGGGAAAGGGAAGGAAGCGGUGGGGAGAGGGAAGGGGAAGGGUGUUGCGAAGGGAAAUGGAGGGGGGAAGGGGAGAGACAAGGGGAAAGGACGGGCUGUGGGUUGA